GUGGAGGAUUGGGAGAAGCAUAAGGGGACAAAGAUUGACGUCCUGGUUACCACCCUUCUCUGGAAACUAUCUAGCGCUGAUCACAAGGAACCACCUCAGAACCUGGAUAAAAGUGUCGACCUGGAUUCCAUGAAGGCAGAUAUUCGUCCUUCUACCGAAUGGCUGCAUGAGAAGUCACUUGUAUAUCAUGCCUUUGCAUCGCAGACAGCGCUGUUUAAAUCGGCAUUCGAAAUUCAUGGAGUGAAGACAUGGGCACUCAAUGGAGAGAUGAGUGGUAAAGAGCGAGCAGAUUGUCUGAAGGAAUUCAAGAACCAUCAAGGCCCCGCUGUUCUCCUCAUCACACAGGUUGGCUGUGCAGGACUUAAUAUUGCAUUUGCGCGAUGGGUCUUCCUUGCCGAUCAAUUUUGGUCGAAACAGCAGAAAACACAGACAGUAGGCCGUGUCCUACGCAACGGUCAGGAGGGUGAAGUCAUCGUUUACGAAUUCACCUGUCUGGACACCUCCGACCAACUGAUGGGAGCAGGUGCUGAUGUCAAGGGUGAUCUACUUUCACAGUUC